CCCAUCUAGAGGUUUCAUGGCUAUAAGGGCCCAAGCUUACUAGAAUAUUCAUGAAUGUACAAAAGGUUCUAAACUAUCUAGAAAUAUCUAGCACAUGUUGUAGUUAGUUGGGAUAGAUAUUUCUCUAGGGAGUUCUAGAGAAUUCUUAGGUUGGCUAUAAAUAGGGAGGUAGUGCAACCAAGUGAAGGUGUAAUUGAGUGAAAAACAAAGUUAGUGGUAAGGUGAGAAUUAAAGGGAGUGUGUGUAAGAAGUAAGGUCUUGUACCACCAAACAAAGUUUUGAGAGCAAUAAAAUUUCAUUUCUCUUAAACCACAGUUGAGUGUCUGUGAGCCCAUUCUCAAAUCAUUUUCAAUACCCAUUUAGCCCAUUAACUCCAAAAUCAUUUCCAACAAAGUGGUAUCAGAGCCAUAGAUCCUAAUGGCUAGUGAAAUGUUUCCGUUUCAUGUACCUAAACUCACCAAAGAUAACUAUGAAAAUUGGAGUAUCCAAAUGAAGGCGUUAUUAGGCUCGCAAGAUGCAUGGGAGAUUGUAGAGAAAGGUUAUGUUGAACCGGAUGAUGAAGCGGCGCUUCCGCAAAAUGAAAAAGAUGCGCUGCGCAUUUCAAGAAAGAGAGACAAGAAGGCUCUCUACCUCAUCUAUCAAGGAAUGGAUGAGUCGUCAUUCGAGAAGAUAUCAAGAGCCGCUAAUGCAAAGAAAGCGUGGGAGAUUUUGCAAAAUUCAUUCAAAGGCGUGGACAAAGUAAAGAAGGUGCGGUUGCAAACUCUAAGAGGUGAGUUCGAAUCUCUCUCCAUGAAAGAGUCCGAAUUAAUAUCGGAUUAUUUUUCAAGAGUUUUAGUUGUUGUUAAUCAACUAAGAAGAAAUGGCGAGGUCAUGGGUGAUAGUCGUGUGAUUGAAAAAAUACUACGGUCACUUGUUCCUAAAUUCGACUAUAUCGUCGUUGCAAUCGAGGAGUCCAAAGACGUUGAAUCCAUGACCGUGGAUGAGCUCAUGGGAUCUCUUCAAGCCCAUGAAGAAAGAAUGAGAAAGAGAAAUAAAGAGGGAGCGGUAGAACAAGUUCUACAAGCUAAGCUUACUUUAAAAGACAAAGGAGAGAGCUCUAGUAUAAUGCUAGAGGAAGAGGACGUGGCUACUACGAGAGAGGAAGAGGCAAGCAAAAUAACGAUGAUCAGAGGGCCAGAGGUCAAGCUCCACAAGAGGUCGUGGUAG